UGCUGUCCGCUCACCGGAGGUGAAACGUGCGGCUUUUGAACCCUUCCUUUGUCCGAGGCUUUUGAGCGCUCUUCCUCUUCUUUCCGUCUCUUCCCCCUCCUUUCCCUCCCCUUUUGUUUGAGCCAGCCUAGGGAGAGGAGCGACGACGAUGGUGACCACAAGAGGCAUGGCGUCUCUCGCGGUGGAGCGAGGGACUCCGGUGACGCAGGAUCCGCGGAGGGAGAAGAAGAGGGAGCGGGGGUGCACUUCAUCCUCUCCCCUUCCGCUACCGAUCUCAUCUGGCGCCUCCACCCGAGAGACUCCGACGACGCAGGAGCCGCCGAGUGAGACGAGGAGGGAGCGGGAACGCAGUCUAUCCUCCCCCCCUCCGCCACCGAUCUCAUCUGGCACCUCCACGCGAGAGACUCCGACGACGCGGGAGCCGCGGAGUGAGAAGAGGAGGGAGCGGGGGAGCAGUCCAUCGUCUCCCCCUCCGCCACCGAUCUCGUCUGGCGCCUCCACCCCGGACGCCUACGAGAAGGUCCGGGACGAGAGGAUUCGGGAGAACAUGGAGAGGCUGCAGAAGCUCGGCAUUCUUGACCUUUCCCUCCGGCUCAAGUCCCACCUCCAACACGCCUCAUCCUCCGCUCCUUCCUACCAUCACCGGAGGAAGAGGGACACCACCACCGGCACCACGAGCGGCCAGAAGCCGCCGAUGCAACCACCGAGGCGCUCUUCUAGGUUGCAACAUAUAACCCCAGUUAGCUAUGCAGAAAUUCCUAUAAAGAAAGAUGUGGGCUCUGAGUUGAAUGGCUCAAUUUCGAUUGAGGAAGGUGCAAAGGAAGAGAUUUAUACGGAUGAGCAUGAGAAGCUACUAGGUAAAUGUGAGACAACUUGGAAUCUGUUUGUGGAUGGGUACGGUAAUGAUGGAAGGCGAAUAUAUGAUCAGAUAAGAGGAAAGACAUGUCACCAGUGCAGGCAAAAAACUCUUGGUCACCGAACACACUGCAGCAAGUGUAAGAUUGUCCAGGGCCAAUUUUGUGGAGAUUGUUUGUUCAUGAGGUAUGGUGAGAAUGUUUUGGAAGCCAUCAAGAAUCCCAAUUGGAUCUGUCCAGUUUGUCGGGGCAUCUGCAAUUGCAGUUUCUGUCGAAUCAAGAAAGGAUGGGGCCCCACUGGCCCCCUGUACAGAAAAAUUGCCAGUAUGGGAUACAAGUCUGUGGCGCACUAUCUUAUUCAGUCACGAAGGCAGCAUACAAGUUCUGGGGAUCUGAAUUCUUCUGAAUCAGUCUCUGCAGAAGAUUCAUCCAACAUAAAUGCAGACUUUUAUGGAGAAAACAGCAAGAUGCCAAGUACCAUAAAUCUUGGAAGCAAUAUUAAGAAGAAAAAUGAAUCUUUCCCUGAGAAGGAAAAUGAACCUCUCUCCGAUAAGGAAAACGAGUCUCUCCCUGAAAAUGGGGUACGAAGUUCAGAUGACUAUAGUGCGGAAGAUACUACAGAAAAGAGUCCCACAAAGCUUAGAAGCAAGAUCAAGAAGAAAAAUGAAUCUUGUGAUGAUAUUAAACCAAUCCAUGAUAGUGUUGCUAGCAGAUUACGGAAGAGGCACAAGACAUGAAUACCUUGGCCUCUUUCAGAUUUUGCCGAGGCCAUUGCAGAACUAUACUUUUGCUCAAGCUGUCAACCGGUACAUGGGCCAAAAAAUGUCGGAAAGAAUGAUGCUUGGUUAUAGAAGUCGAUAAUUCAGCUUUUUACAGCCACAAUUUCAGAAUUCGAAAUAUUUUGCUUGACCUUUCAAAAUAUAUAUGGGCCAGUUUAUGUUGGAACCUGAUGAUGUUUGGUUUCCGAAAUUGACCGACUGCAAGUUUUGUGGAGCGUAUUGUUCCAGUGAUUGAACGAAACCUAUCUUUUGUUCUCAGUGAUGACAGUCUUGGCUAGAUUGUGGCCCAUUUUGGUAUGUUUCAGUUUUGAACUC